AUGGCAGUAAAUGACGCAAAAAAUAGAAAUCCGAAUGCCUUUAAUAUCAAAUUUUAAAUUAUUGAAGAAAAAUAAGACGAUAAAAUUGUAAUACAUAAAAAAGGAUGUACUUGUAAAAAAUCUAAUUGUUUAAAAAAAUAUUGUGAAUGCUUUAAUGCAGGAGUACUAUGUAAUUAAAAUUGUGUAUGCGAUAGUUGUAAAAAUAUGCAAAAAGAAGAAAAUAAUUAAUAAUAAAAUAGAUCUGAAAUAAAUGUAUAAAAUAUUGAAGAUUCUAUUAAAUAAUAAGAAUGA